AUGGCUGCAGCAUUCGUUGCCUCAAGCAUUAUGAUGAAUGCGUACCCGAAAAAGAUGCAUCCUGGAGUGAGGAUUAUAGGCAUUGAUGGUGGUGGUGCGCGAGGUGUGACGCCCCUCGAGUUUCUAGGUGAAUUACAGAAGUUACUUGGAGAUUGUCCAAUCCACGACAUGAUUGAUCUUGCAGUUGGUACAAGCUCAGGGGGGCUGACUGUACUGGCAAAAUUCCACCAAAAGUGGCCUGUCUCAUAUUGUGCUAAUGUAUUCGAGACUCUUGCCCGCCGAUGUUUUUCAACAUCUGGAUCCGCAUUAGGUCGAUUGAAAGCAGUGAUUAAGUACAUAACUAGCGAUGCAAUGUACGACGAGCGAUUUCUGGAAGGUGCUCUUCAAGAGAACUUGCCAGGACAAUUAUUCGGUUACGUCCCUGGCAUAGUAUCUGGGACAAAGGUAGCACUUACUGCGACGUCUGGAGGGAAUGUACGUUCAAUAUUCACAAACUACAACGGUUCAGCACAACCGACGGGGUAUACAGUGGUUCGACCUGAAAACAAUGAUGACGAAGCUUUGCUAUGGCAAGCAGCUCGUGCAACAACAGCAGCCCCUAUUUUCUUUAAACCAAUUACAGUUGCCAGUCAAGAGUUUUGGGAUGGUGGGCUUGGCUUCCCCAACCCGAUUGAACUCGCAAUGUGGGAGUCUUCCCGUAUUUGGGGCAAAAAUAUAUCCCACGAUGUCACCAUCUCUCUAGGGACGGGAGAGGCCUCUAAAGGCCUACCUAAGAGAAAGACCCACUCCCUACAGAGGUUAUGGACUUCUUUUAUGGACUUCCUUGAUGGACAUACUAAAUAUGGUGAUAUCAGAAAUGGGUUGGAUGAGCAACGCAGGCAAGACUUCUUUCGUUUGAAUACUGAACUACCAUACCCAAUUCGGCUGGACGAUGUUCAAAGUAUACCGCUACAGAAAGAGCAGAUACAUUUACGCCCACAAGGUCAGCUUAUUGAAGUUGCAACAGCGCUAUUAGUUUCCAACUUCUACUUCCAACUCGAUACUUCGCCUACCUAUGAUGGAGGCUUUUACCUAUGUGAAGGCUCAAUCCGGUGUCGCGGUGUCUAUAAAGACAUAUUCAACGCUCUCAUUACUCUAUAUCAGCCAAAGUUGGAGUUUGUUACUGCGAACGAGACCCUCGCCUCACUGGAUCUACAAGAGGAUCAGCUUACUGGAGGCUUGAGAUCUGGUAACCAGGUCGUUAAGCUACCAGAUUGUGACUUGGUAGUCAAGUUCGGCCAGUUUGUCUCCUCCCACGAGGCAAAGAAUCAGCAAAAAGCAUACGACAUAAUUGAUCCUGGUAUAGUUAAAGUCCCUUCGGUCCAUGCCUUUUUUGAGGACGAUGAGGGUUGGGGCUACAUAAUAUCGGAUUUUAUUCAGGGCAAGAUUAUCGAUCCUCUUUCAGACUCUCACAUUCAAAGACUCGCUCAAAUUCUUGAGUAUUUUCACUCUAUUACCGCCGAUAGAGCUGGUAGCCUAGGUGGUGGCCCUUCAAUCGGCUUACUCUGGCCAGAUACAAAUGAUCUGACCAUUAGCAAUGUUCAGCAAGUGGAAGAAUGGUUCAACAGCCGGCUUUUUCCCAGAGAUGGAAAGGUUCAUUUUAAUCAUAACCCACCGGUGCUCUGUCAUUUAGACAUAGCCCCCCGAAACAUUAUCUGGUUAGAUGAUGGUCGUGUCUGUCUACUGGACUGGGCAUCAGCAGGAUUUUAUCCGAAACUGUUGGAAUUUGCCAGUCUAUUCUUUCAGAAAUCCCAUUUUAAACAGAUGCUUCUGAAAGCAGUCGGUUUCGACUAUGAUCGUGAUAAACUAGAACAGCAGAGGAUCUGCCAGGCAUUGUAUAACAAUGAAAGGUACUCCUUUCGUUCGCGGGAUAUUCGAGAAGGAUCUUCAGACAAUGAAACAGCUGGUUGCAUCUUUCCUCUUCCAUUCGUUCCGGAGCCGCAAAAACUUCCGACCUAA